UCUGCGUCGACAUCCAAAAUUACAAGAGAAGGGGAGAUGGCACAGGAUAUUAAAAUUCUGGAUGAGGAAGAAUAUGUUGGGGAGAUCAAAGGAGGACUGAGGCCGACUAUGAGGCUGACGGUGAUGGGCAUUGUUCAUAAGCAUGCCAAAAGAAUGGUAGUGUCCGUGGCUUGCCAGUCAGAAGAGGAGAGAGAGGGGGAUGUGGGCCUCCAAGUGACGGUCAGUUUCGGGGAGAAGGCCGUGGUGAGGAACGCCAGGCUGGAGGGGAAGUGGGGUCCCUUGGAGAAGGCCCUCUCCUACUUCCCCUUCACGGCAGGGGAGCCUUUCAAGAUGGAAAUCUUGUGUGAGCAUCAGCAGUUCCGUAUCCUGGUGGACGGUCAACCGCUUUGUGGCUUUACCCACCGCCUCAACAAUCUAGCGUCCCUCAACGCGCUGCGGAUCACAGGGGACUUACAGCUCACGAAAGUGGCUUGA